UUACUAAUUUUUUAUUUUUCCGAUUUCUCGAAGAAGAAAACGAUGGUGUUGUCUCGGCGAUUCGCUCAAGUGUCGAGUGAUGAAGACGACGAUGUACCGAUCACUAGGUCUAAGGGAAGGAACUCGACGAGUUCUGAGGAGAUUUUGGGGAAACGGAAGAAGCGUAAGACGGUGAAGCUCUACGAAGAGAUAGAAGAGAAGGAAUCGGAGAGGAAGAGGAAGAGAAAGGGGAAGAAAGGGGAUGACGGUGACGAGGAUAUGAUGAGGGAGGAAGAGGAGGAAGAAACGCCUCCGGAGGCUGAAGAAGAAGAGCAAGAAGAAGAAGAAGAAGAAGAAGAGAAGCCUGAUGAUGCGAGUCCUGUUGGUGAUUCGGUUAAGGUUACGGGUAAAGGAAAAGGGAAAAGAACUCAUUUUUUGCAAUUUGAGUAUGAUGGCAACAAAUAUGAUGUGGAGGAUCCGGUGUUGUUGGUUCCUGAGGACAAAAGUCAAAAACCAUAUGUUGCAAUUAUCAAGGAUAUUACGCAAACUAAAGAUGGAAGCAUGAUGAUUCUGGGACAGUGGUUUUAUCGCCCAGAAGAGGCAGAGAAAAAGGGUGGUGGAAACUGGCAAUCGAGUGAUACACGAGAGCUGUUCUACAGUUUCCAUCGUGAUGAAGUGCCAGCAGAGUCUGUGAUGCACAGAUGUGUUGUUUACUUUGUCCCGGCCCAUAAACAACUUCCGAAGCGCAAAAAUAACCCUGGAUUUAUUGUACGGAAGGUCUAUGAUACUGUUGAAAAGAAGCUGUGGAAGCUGACUGACAAAGACUAUGAAGACUCAAAACAACAUGAAAUCGACCUUCUUGUCCAAAAGACGAUGUCGCAAUUGGGUGAUCUUCCAGACCUUGAAUCUGAGGAAAUUCUUUUUGACCAGGAGAAUAUGUUGAAGGCGAAAAGAUCUUUUCGGAAAGCCAAUAUAAGUCCUGUCGAUGUUAGAAGGGAGGAAGACUCCUCUCUAAAGGCUGAAACUCCUGGAAGUGGUGCGGGUAUAUCAUCAGAGCAUUAUGCUAUCUUAGAAAAGUUUGAUUCACUAACAGGUGAUGCUCAUCGUGACAAGUGUUUGGGGAAGCUUCUGGAGGCAGUCCAACACGUAUGUUAUAUUCCUCAGAACAAACCAGCUGGCGACGAUGCAAAGAUGGGUUCAAAUGGAUCCCAUCUUGAACAUGAUGAGAAAGAUACAAAGGCUGAAAAUGGAAAGGAUGAGAAUUUUCUCUGGCCAGAUGCUGCUGUUCCUCCAGUGUGUGCUCUUGAGAAUGCUUCACAUGCUUCUCUUGCAUCGGAUUAUCAGAAAUACAACCAAAAGAUGAGGACACUGGUUUUCAAUCUCAAGAACACCGCACUGCUGGCUAGACGACUGCUCAAUGGGGAGUUAGAGCCUGCAAAGAUUUUGAACAUGUCACCCACGGAGUUAAAGGAGGGUCUAACUGCUGACGAAACAACAAAGAAGGAGCCUGAUGAGGCGGAUCGCAUGCAGAUGACUGAUGCAAGAUGCUCGAGAUGCAAUCAAUUGACAGUGGGCCUGCGGGAUAUUAUCCAAGCUGGGCAUGGAGACCGCUAUCAGCUGGAGUGUGUUGACUGUGGCUAUUCUUGGUACGCCUCAAGGGAUGAGGUUUCAACUCUGACAAUAGGCAUAGAAAAACCUGCCCAAGGCACAGAGAAAGAGGAUACUGAGAAGAAUUUGACCAGUCCUCGUGAAACUGAGAAACCAAAAGACGAAGCCUUGAAGACCAAUGACUCAAAUGCUGACAACAAUCCAGAAGCCUCCAAGAAACCAGAGUAAAGGUGUUCCAACUUUCAAUCGUAUGUUUAGAGUUUCAGAUGUGAAUUCGAACUGGGUUUCACUUUUAACAGUUGGUUAACCGUACAGAUAAGUCGGAUAAUAAAGCUUAUUAUGACAACAGAACUAAGACUGGUUACGGGCAUAUAUCAAUUGUCACUUAGCUUUAUUUUCUUGUAGUUUUUUCAACAGUUGUCUAUCUUAUAGAACUUUAUUUCCUUGCAACAUCUUUCUCA